GAGAGAGGGAGGCGAGCAGAUGGAGAGCAGUGGACUCCAGCUAACUCCGGUUACAGCGCUCCCCGAGAGGAGGGAAGGCAUGCAUUUCCACGGCGUCGCCUGAAAAACCUAACCAAAACGCCUUAUGAAUGACAAUAAUUGGAAAUAGCGCCUUACUUUGAGCGUGAAUAGGCUACUUUUUCUUACAACGGUUGCGAAUCUUCAGCAGGGCUCGCGCAGGUGACACGGCGCUCGUGCGGUAAAGUUCGGUUUGUCUUUCGGGAUUUUCCGGAGAGAUUCGGGUCCACAACCUUUCGCGCCUUUAAGCGGCUUUUUUCUUUGAAGCCCCCGACACCUACAGCCUCUAUCAACUUAACCCAGCCUGUGUGUUGUUUUACCCGAACAAGCGGUCCUAAAGUUGCAGGUUGGCUCAUAAUAAUCGCGACGCUGUGGGAAGAGAAGACGUUAAGCGGGUCCACAAGUGCUGAUUUACACCAACGGCACCGACGGCACCACCAACGGCAGAGGAGAGACGGGGCAAAACUGCGGGGGACCCAAGCAUUUCCACUUCAAAAUGAACAUAAGCAAGUACAGUAGGUUGUGUUUAGUUGAGAACUUGUAACAAACUGGUGACAUUACAGCCUGGUGAGUGAAAAAAAAGCCUAAUUGGAUAUGCGGCUCUCAGAGGGAUUUUAAAAAGGGGGUUACAUCUGUUCCCUAUCCUUUUUUAGAAGCUCAAAAUGGAUGCCGACGACAGGCUGCGGAGACCCCACUGGAUUAGCCACUUUCUCGCUGAUUUGGGUGACAUCUGAAGCCGUGUGAGUGUACAAACUUUGGAUUACCCACGCCGACAGAGCUGAAGGUGUAGGAUGCAGUCUGGAGUGAAGACGCUGUCCGCAGGUGGAGGUGCGUCACUCUGCUGCCUGCUGCUCCUCUGGCUCAUCUACUCCCAUCUGCUCAGAGAGGGUCAGUUAGCAGUGGGCACCUGUGAGAUUGUCAUGCUCAAUAGAGACAAUAGUGUUCCCAGACGGACCAUUGCCAGGCAGACGGCUCGCUGUGCCUGCAGGAGAGGUCAGAUCGCUGGAACAACAAGGGCACGACCAGCAUGUGUAGAUGCCCGUAUUGUUAGGAGCAGACAGUGGUGUGAGAUGACCCCUUGCCUGGAGGGGGAGCUCUGCAGCCUCUUGUUCAACCGUUCGGGAUGGACCUGCACUAAAGGCAGCGGCCGCAUCAAGACCGUCACGCCUUUGCCCAAGGAGCCGUCGUAAGGAGCAGAGAACAAAGACUUGAUAUCCAUCAAGCUUCAUAUAUCCAACCUGGACAUUGAGCACCAACUGUCAUUUGUUUCUAAGGAACUUCACACCAGGCCUGACCCCGGUUUGACCUUUGACCCUGACAGUGCUCUUUAAACUGCUUCUAUUUCGGCUGCUGUUUCUCUCCUCUGGACAUUUGUCAAAACUGUGAAAAGUCCCAAAGGAGCAACGUCAACACCCAACCCUCACCCAGUCCUCACCCAGUCCACACCCUCUCGCAACACCAUGACACAGCAGUCCCUGGGAGCGGCCUCAUAAACACACCCGGAAUAUAUUUGUCUUCAUUCUUUUUGUCAGUGACCAUUACGACUUGAGGCAACAGUUCCGUGGCGAGAUUUCGACUUGUCAAAAGGUCGUUGAAAAGUCACUGUAUCUUCUUUACUACCAUCACCAAUCGCGGCCCAGGGUUAUGUUCCAGCAACUUUCUUUAAUGAUGGUUAAACUUUAUGGAGGUCGAGCUGGGAGAACAUUGAACUAUGGCUUUGGUUAUUUUGAGAAACUUUGAUGAAAUGCAUGGGAGUUAAUGAAAAUGAACAGAACAGGAUGGUCGCUAAGAGACUAUGUGGAUGUUUGGGAUGUUUUGCUUCUAAGUUAUGUUUUGUAUGUGGUGCAAAUUUAGAUGUAGAUGAGUCUGUUUUCUCCUGUUGUCCACAGCGCUGAAAGGUAGAUGGGAACUCUGGUUUGUUAUAAUUGUCUAAGGUUGUAGUCAGAAUAUACAUUAAGGGGGCACAUCAUAUAUAUUCUUUCAAGUUUGGAUGUGUUAUUUUAAACUAGACGUAUAAUGCCAAAUCAACUUUUAUUGACUUUUAAAGGGCCUGUACCUGAUUUUAAUGUAUUCCUGUCAAGAUAUGCAUUGUAUGGUAACAGCUAUUAAAUAAAAAAAAAAAGUGGAGUAUAAAAUAUAAUCUAUUCUUUUUAUAUUUGCAUUUUCUCGGGUAAUAACUAGUACAGACGCUACUUACAGGGUCACCUUUUUUCAUCCAAUCAAGCACAGUUUCAGUAAGAAUCAUCAGAAAUCAUCUGCCAGACACUAUCCCAGACACUUGAAUCUCUGUCAUGGUGCAUUUUCAAGAUAAAAUACCAUAUAAUAGGCAGAGAUUGGAGAACUACAGGGAACCAACUGCCUGACACUAUCCCAGACAGUUGUUUCAGUGUAAUGGUGCAAUAAGAAAGGACUAAGUGGGCGGGGCUAACAGUUCAAACUAAAUAGGUUUUCAAAAUCAGGUACAGGCUCUUUAAUUAUUAGAUUUCUGUCCCUUAAUCAUUUGUCUUUUCAGCCAUUUUUAAUAGUAAAAAAACCCAUAAAUGAAAAUCUGAGUGAAAUGCUACGAUAAACAGAAGGGAAUAUAGAGCAGAGAAUCUGUUCUGCAGGUUUGAACAGGAAGUCAAUGGACCUGUUUCUAUCAUAGUCAUUUUAAAUAAACAUUGUGCCAGUGUUACCAGAUACGAGACAAAAGCAUUAUAUGUCUUCUUUAAAGUCCAUAUCUAUUGUUCCUGUAAAUGACUUAUAUUUUACCGAACACAUAUCAUUGUCCCGUCAAAUUUCCAAUUCGCUUUAGAUUGACGUUAUUAUUUUAAUUUCGUUAAAGUGCGUUCUGCCAUAUCGCCCGUUGGACCCUUAAUGAGAGUAUAUGGCUGGUGAUGAACUAUGAAAUUAACAUGCAUUGAUUAAAGUCUUCUGUUGUAACAAAGCCAACUCGUUCAUAACCCGCUCAUAACCUUUUAUACUUUGCCCUUUACGUCCCCACAUUGUUAUUCGGACUACAGCCUGUCCUGCUCUGACCCGGUGUGAAUGCUGAGCACAUGUUGUCCAUAAGUGAGUGAGAGGAGUGCACUUCAGAGAUACACUGUGAAAUACCCAUACUCCGUUCUCUUGUAUAUUUUCAGGAUCAUGCCCAAACCACACCUGAACAUCUGGCACACGGACCUCUAACUCCAGAUGUUUGGUUCUUCACUGAUGAACCUUGGUUUGCCUUUCUCUCAGUUCUCCUGUUUGCAGAUAUUUAUAUAUUGGGAGAAUAAUGGGGGGGAUCUACAGUAUAUCAAUCAGUUCAAUUAUGUAAUUAGUAUCGAAUCAUGUGUCAUUAAAUGUAUUUGGGAAUCCUUGUGUACAAAGACCAGUUCUAUUUUGUAUUAGUGGUGGAAAAUCAUCAUUUCUCAUUUCAGAAAAUAUUAAGUGAAUUGAAUUUGUUCGAUCCCCAGUGGUAGGAAAUAAAAAAUAUAGUUUUGUG